AAACCCAACAAAAUGAGGAGGCUACUUUCUCUCAAAUUCCUCUCAGAAAAAACACCCAAAUCCUCCAUUCUUCCACAUUCAACUCCUACCAAUUCUCAUUUCCUCAAACCAUUCCAUUCUCUCGCUAAACCUACUUCUCAUGUUUCUCCUUACCUUCAAUGGCGGUCAUCAACAUCAACCAGUUCAGGCUUCCUCUCAAACCAUCUACUCUCCAAACGCUUUGUUUCUCGUGCCCAAUUCAAGGCUCCAUUAAUAGCUAUUCGGGUUUUGGAAUCGGAUUUCUCACAAACCGUUUCUCUAAGAUCAAAGGUCCACCUUGGUCAUCGUUAACUCAGCAACGUGGUUGGUUUAACAAGCAAAUUGAAGCGGACCCACUACCAUUUUAGCCAAGGCCAUGCCCUAUUGCCCAUGAAUCCAUGAUGCAUAAAAAGUGACAGGAGUAUAACAUUAGAAAACCCAACAAAAUGAGGAAGCUACUUUCUCUGAAAUUCCUCUCUGAAAAAGUUCCCAAAUCCUCCAUUCUUCAAUAUUCAACUCCUACCAAUCUUCAUUCCCUCAAACCAUUCCAUUCUCACGCCAAACUCACUUCUCAACCUUCUUCUCUGCUUUCUCCGUACCUUCAAUGGCGAUCGUCAACCAUUUCAGGCUUCCUCUCAAACCCUCUACUCUCCAAACACUUUGUUUCUCGUGCCCAAUUCAAGGGUCCAUUCAAAAGCUAUUCGGGUUUCGGAAUCGGGUUUCUUACAAACCAUUUCUCUAAGAUUAAAGGUUCUCCUUGGUCAUCGUUAACUCAGCGACGUGGCUGGCGUUCAUGGUCCCAAGGAUAUUCAGCUGAUGGUGUAGUUUAUGGUUUAAUCCUUGCCAAUUCGGCUGUUUUUUUAAUGUGGCGGGCUUUACCUCGUGACUUUAUGUAUCAAAACUUUACGAUUUCACUGGACAACUUUAAGAGUGGACGUAUACACACGCUGCUAACUUCUGCAUUCAGCCAUAUUGACCUCGAACAUAUUGCAUCCAACAUGAUUGGUCUAUUUUUCUUCGGAAGUAGUAUUGGAAGUGUGUUUGGACCAUUGUAUUUAUUGAAACUAUAUGUUGCUGGCGCUGUUGUUGGAUCCAUAUUCUAUUUGGUGCACCAUGCCUAUCUAGCAAAUACAUACAAGAGUCAAGGAAUCUUCGGCCGGAAUCCAUCAAAAGCUCCUGGACUGGGUGCGAGUGGGGCAGUAAACGCCAUAUUGCUUCUUGAUAUAUUCCUCUUCCCAAGAAAGACGCUCAUGUUCGACUUUUUCAUUCCGGUCCCUGCCAUAUUAUUGGGGAUCUUUCUUGUCGGGAAGGAUGUCAUGAGGAUUUUAGAGGGAGAUCAACAAAUAUCUGGAUCAGCUCAUCUGGGUGGUGCGUUAGUUGCUGCACUCGCAUGGUUACGUUUAAGGAGAAGAAUCCACUUCUAGUCGAUUAUGGUUUUGAUUUUCAUCGUUAUCUUAUGAUAACUAGAUCUCAUCAUCAUUAUUGUACCUAGUGUAUCCCGUCCAAGUAACAAAUUGGUAUCAAAUUUGCUGUAGGCUGACUCGAAUUUGCAUUUUUUAUGCAUCAAAGAAAAAAAACCGAAAAUAAUUAGGAUCUAA